AACACUCUCCAAGACCAGAGAAGUUCAAACCAGGAGAGCAAAAAUGGCGCAAACACAUCAACUAUUUACAUUUUCAGCCACUAAUCUUCCAAUUAUACACCCAAACACCCCCUCAAGUUCAUUAAGAAUGCAGUUUUCUACUAUGAAGUCAGAAAUCGCAGUAAAAGAACACCCUUUUCCACCAAAUGCAAUGAGAAGAAAGAUAGAUACAAGUUGGAUGGGUGGAUUCAGUUUAGGUAUUGAUUUGGGUUUAUCAAGAACUGGUGUUGCUCUUAGCAAAGGCUUUUCAAUUAAACCCCUCAAGGUUUUGGAACUAAGAGGUCAAAAGCUUGAAAUGGGCCUGCUUGAAAUUGCUCAAAAACAAGAGGUAGAUGAGUUUAUCAUCGGCUUGCCCAUCUCUUCGGAUGGAAAAGAGACACCACAAUCCAAUAAAGUUCGGAGUGUAGCUGGUAGGAUUGCCAUUCGAGCUGCAGAGAGGGGUUGGAGAGUAUAUCUGCAGGACGAACAUGGAACAUCUACAGAUGCAAUGAACCGUAUGAUUAACCUGGGCCUCAGCAAAUCUGCUCGCAGAGAAAGUCUUGAUUCUUAUGCAGCUAUGAUGGUGCUGGAAAGGUAUUUCUCAGAAUCAGGGCAAGGAACCGAAAUAGUUUUGCCGAAGCAAUUGGACCUCCAAGAAAAGCUAAGAAAAGGUCCACCAUCCGACGAAUUUGACUUCUAAGAUGUAGUAGAGGUGGAAAAAUGGGUGGGUCAGGCAAUUGGGUAAUGGCAGAGGGGUUCUGGUCAAAACUGGUAUUUUUCUUUGUGCAGGCCAAAUUUGGUUUGGGUCAGUACAGGCCAACCCACGACCAUUAUUUUAUCCAUUUGGUAGAUUUUAUUUAGUGGUAACUUGCAAUAGAUGAAUCGGAUAACUACAUUGGUAUAAAAAAAGUUUAACCUCUUGCAAUAAAUCGGUUAACAAGGUUUUAUACAUUUAGGCCGCCUUGUGGGCCUUUCAUCUAAUUUGUGACCCGUUCCCUUUUCUGCUGAAUCUGUUAAGUUUACCCAUUUGACCGAUUGGAGUGGACACAACCUAAAUGAAACUUCUUUGGGAGAGUUUGGCUCAUUAACUUUUGAAACUUGGACGUGUUUCAUUGAGAAGAAGAGGAAUGGAAGUUAAUUGCAUUAGUUUGUAUACUUCUGCUUGGUUUGUAAAUAUGUAAUAAGUAUUGGAAUGUAAGUAUGAUAAAUGACAUUAUGUCAUUCAUUCAUUUUUCUUGAAAUUUCUUGUUUGUUCUUUAAACAUAUUUGAAAAAGAAUCUCAAUGCCUGUAUCACUCUAUUUUGUAAAUAUGUGUGGAAUUUGUGAGAUUUGUUUAAUUGCAUUUCAAAAACAAAAUUCCUGCAUAA